AUGAUCGGACCCAAAAAACAUCUAGUAACCAAAUAUCUAACUAGGGCCACUCGCUUCGGCGAUAAAGUUACUGACCAAUUCCACGAGCUGACCUCUAUCCGUCGAGUUUCAUGCCCCCUAGUUGACUGGGUAGUCAACCUGAUGAAGGCGUAUAUUGACAUCCAGCCUUGCUACAGAGCACAAACAAGCCACCCAAGAACCGUAACUAACUAG